CCUAGUAUUCUUCGCUAUAGAAGUAUUCAAACAAAGUUUAGAGUUUUAUAUAAUGCUCGGAGGAGUGAGAUUGCAAGUUACUUACACGCACGAAAAGACUUGUUUUGCUUAUUUAAGUUCUAAAUACAGUACCAAUAAUGAACAGGCUCAAAGCAUCCAAGUGAUCUUCAAAGACCGCCAGCUCCUCCUAUGGGUAGUUUACAGCAACAGCGUGUCAGAGGGGCACCUAGCUUGCAACCCGAUCCAUGGUCGUCUGCUUGGCUUGGAUGAGGGGACGGAGGUGUUUGUGUCCCCAUAUGGGGAUGUCAAGGUGCUGGACCAGCUGUAUAUAGAUACCGAUAGUCCUGAUGAUCAGGAGAUAUUGGAACACAAUGCAGAGCUACUCCAGCUCCGAAUCCUCGAUCAGCUCCGUCUGGUGGUGUCAGGCCAGAAGUGCGUUGUCUGGAUCUCCGUCUCUCUGCCCAUCAUCUUCACUCCUAAACAGACCGGUUUGCUGGUCAACCAGUCAAGGAUUAUCGUCAAAGUGGACGCGUUUAAUAUGCUUCACCACAAUUCGGCACCCGCGCUAAACACGUCAAAUAUAGCAAAAGAAAAAGAAAACCGCUUCAACAACAUAGGAAUCAUCAACCAAGGAAUGCUUCGACCUUACCUAAAUCCACCAAAGAGGUUAUACCUUCGAGCUCUACCCAUAGACAGUGAUGGGAAAAGAAACUUAAUACAUCCAUACACAGUCUUUAUGCACGAGGACUUAUUAGAAGCUAAAUAUAAAAAUAGUACUAUAAUUCUAGCGACAAUGAGAAAUAUACCUUCCAUAAUUCAAGAUACAGAUGUUGAAGCUGGUCACAGAGAAAUAAAUGAUCUAUGUGUUGAAAUUGUUCCCGUAAACAAUAUUGUCUUUAGAAGUCUAUGCCAUGAAGUAUACAACAGAUAUAUACCGACAGUGCUUAUACCAAAGUCCUUAAAUUCUAUUAUUAAUAUUGAAAAUGGAAUGAGAAUGUAUUUAACUAUAAUAGGAGAUAAUAUAGAACAACCAGAUCAUGUAGAUAUAGUGACUUAUUCUGAACAGUCACAGAAAGAAGAUGAUAUAAUUGAGAAAUUUAAAAAAUGCGUCAUAGACAGCACACAUUCCGGUAAAAAGUUACUUAUCAAUCAUGAUAUGUUAAAGCAAAAUCUUCAAAUUUGCAAUGGAUUUCUACAAUUUAAAUUGAAACCAGAGAGAAUAAAAUAUACAUUGCUGAAUUCAGAGUCUUUCCGGCAAUGUACUGUAUCAGCGAAAUGUCUUAGUGACACGGAUUUCGAGUUUCCUAAAGUUUCUUCGUCAAGCUUUGAGUAUGAUUGUAAGAAUUACUGUAGAGGGUUGAAGUGUACGGAGGAGUUGGUACAGAAGGUUGUGUCGCAUCUGUUCUUUGAGAUACAUAGGGAGGCGACAUUUAAAGAUGUUUCGGAGAUAAAGAGCAAUGUGCUUGUCACUGGCCUCAACGGCACAGGAAAAUCCGCUCUCUGCCACAUAGUCCAAAAAGACCUUACCGUCUGGUCGCACAUACUCCACUGUCGAUCCUUACGAAGCCGAAAAGACAUUCCCGAGGCCUUAGGCCGCGCUAUACUUAUGUGUCAAGAGAGAAGUCCCUCAGUAUUGAUCUGUGAUGAUAUUGAUAGUUUAGUGCCACCGAAUUUGGAAGGAUCUUCGCCGCAAGACAUUGCUUAUUAUCAGAGAUUGGCGGUAGUAAUAAAGCACUUGCUACAAAGUUGCACGGGCGUCGUUGUGCUGCUGACGGCGACCAGCGUCAACGAGUUGCACCCGACGCUGCGCCAGUUCGGGGGCAAGCCGCUGUUCACUGCGCACUUUGCCAUACCAGAGUUACAACAGGAGGAGAGAGUGGAACUCUUCAAACAUCUUAUCAACAAUAAGUUGCGGGAGCAAUUUUCAGUGGAAGAAGAUGAUUUCACAAGAUUGGGUGCCGCCACCGCCGGGUUUAGUAUACGGGAAAUCACUGACCACCUGAAUAAGAAGAUAUUCCAAGCUGUUAAGAAAAAAAAAUCUCAUCCAUCCGAACCCAUGCCCCGGUUAAUGGAAAGCGCCAUUGCGUCAGAGGAGAAAAACAACGCGUUUGACAUCUGGGACUCUGUAGGGGGAAUGGAGGGAGUUAAGCAGGAGCUCACUGAAUGCAUCUUCUGGCCUCUUAUGUACCCGGCCCUGUUUCCGUCCCAGUCAUGUGGAAUCCUCCUAUACGGAGCGCCGGGCACCGGCAAGUCGCACAUCGGCUCCAGUUUGGCGAGGCUUCACAACAUGAGCCUCGUCGUCGUGAAGGGGCCCGAGCUGCUCUCCAAAUACAUCGGCCAGAGCGAGAAGGCGGUCCGCGACGUGUUCGAUAAAGCGGACAUGAAGCGGCCGUGCAUAUUGUUCUUCGAUGAGUUCGACAGUCUAGCGCCUAAACGCGGCCACGACUCCACAGGCGUCACGGACCGCGUGGUGAACCAGCUGCUGGCGCGGCUCGACGGCGCCGAGGGCGGCGCGCGAGGCCCCGUCCUCGCCGCGACCAGCCGCCCCGACCUCAUCGACCCUGCCUUACUGCGGCCCGGGAGAUUACAGCGGCACAUAUAUUGCGCUCCGCCUGACCAGAAUGACCGUUUUGAAGUGCUUAAAACGCUGAGCAAAAACGUAGUCAUCGAGGAAGACGUGGAUCUACAACAGUUGGCGGAGGCCACCGAGGGCUACUCACCGGCGGACCUCAAAAGUCUACUGGUCACAGCGCAACUUGGCAGUCUAGAGAAACAGCUGUUGAGUGGAGUAGAGAAAGACUUGCAGUCAGUGGUGGUGAGGAAGACGGACAUACAGAGCGCGCUAUUGGAGACCAAGCCUUCGCUUUCCAACGAGCAGAGGGUCUUCUACGACAUGAUAUAUAAAAGGUUCAGAGGUGAGAAGCUAACCGCAGACCAGAAACUGAUGUCGCGGCAACUGGAGAAGCAGAGAGUCACCUUAGCCUAGUUAAAGAUUAUUAAUUAGAUUGAUAAUUUAAUUAAUUCAUGAUUAAAAUCGUACCGAGUUUAUCAGCCGA